AUCAGGACAGGCGUGGUCCUUGCGAAACAAUCAACAGCCUACACCCAAACCGGAACACUAGAUGUCGACCACGAUGCAACUUCAACUUUUUUUAAGGAACCGGUAAAUGAUUUUUAAGAGUGCGUAAAGAACUGAUACCCUAAUAUAAAUACGAGGUUCUAGAGGAUUAUCAUCACAAUAUCUCAGCCUUUCACAGCUAACUAACUAUACGCCAUGGCUUACAAGUUUGUUCUUCUCGCCGCUUUUGUAUCGGUAGCUAGAGCUGGAGUGCUUCCUUAUGCUGCCCCUCUAGUUCAUACCCCAGCUGUUGCCGCUCCCUUAGCUGUUGCUGCUCCAAUUGCGAGGGCCGUUGUUGCUGAAGAUUACGACCACAACCCACAAUAUUCCUUUGGAUACGAUGUACAAGACAGUUUGACAGGUGACAACAAAAACCAAGUGGAAACCAGAAGCGGAAAUGUUGUACAAGGUUCUUACUCAUUGAACGACGCCGAUGGUACCCGCCGUAUUGUAGAUUAUACCGCAGAUGAUGUGAAUGGAUUCAAUGCCGUUGUCCGUAAAGAACCCCUUGUAGCUAAAGCUGUUGUUGCUGCACCCGCUGUAGCCAAAAUCGCCACUCCAGCUGCUGUCGCUGUACCGACCGUAGCUAGAUUAGCAGCUCCGGCGUUGUCCUAUGCUGCUCCUCAUGUAUCCUACACAGCCCCUCAUGUAUCCUAUUCUGCUCCGCACUUAUCCUACUCUGCUCCCAUCGGAUACGCUGCUCCAGCUUUAACCAGAGUAGCUGCCCCUUAUGCCUACGCUGCACCCGCUCAUUUGUCUUACUCUGCUAAUUUAAUUCAUUAAAUUGAUCACUGUAAAUAUGUAAAUUUCUGUACAAUAUAAUUUGGACAAGA